UUUUUGGACUAUCCCAACAAGAUGACGUCACAUAACUCCAGCAAGGCACUGCACGUAAACAAGGCAUCCAGUAGGGUUUGUUCUCAAACGCUCCUGCAGGGGGCGUGUUACCAGAUUGGAGGACCAGCACCGGGACCUGGGGCAGGACUGCAGCGGCAACACAGUCGCCCCCAGUGGCUACAGUUAGCUGGCUAACUGCUGCUAGCUAGUGGACAGCUGAAAAUGUUUACUUUCUGCUUGUUGUUAACGGAGUGGAGGAUGGUAGCAGCAUCGGAGGAUUGUGCCAUGACUUCCCAGUGUCUUGUUGACGACGUCCCAAAGCUUUAAGUUAUGAUCUCACGAAAGAAAAGUAAAAACGAAGCGUCGAAACCAGCCGAAGUACACGGGAAAUAUGUGAAGAAGGAAACGUCUCCGCUCCUCAGAAAUCUUAUGCCCUCAUUCAUCCGCCAUGGACCCACGAUCCCCAGACGAACGGAGGGCCCCCCGCCAGAAAUGGGACCCUCUUCCUACCCCGUGGCGCCCAGCCGGGAGUCGGUGGUGUCCCGCAACAAGAACGUCCUCCGCGCGCCCGUGCAGAGGCCUCCACACGAGGUGGCGCGCAGAGAGAGCCACCGGAUGUCAGCACCGCCAUACCUGCCUCGCAGCCUGGGAGACCUGUCCCACGAGUACCGAGGCUCCACGCAGUCCUUCCUCACAGAUGUGAGCCCCAUGUGUGAGAACGGAGACGCUGCUCGAUAUUACUUCCCAGCUGAACCCUAUUAUGAAAACCAGCAGCAGCAGUGUCAGCCCAGGAGAGUACAGGAGCGCUUCCCUGACGACUAUAGAUACUAUGAACACAACGAACACAACUUCCAAAGGCUUCCUCACCAACACUCUUCUCCAGCGCCAAGCAGACCCCCAUCAGGCAUCGGUCGGAUACAGGCCAAGUCCCUGGGGAACCUCUCCAGCCUGACGGGAGAAGACCUCCCCCUUCCUGGCGGUUGGACUGUUGACUGGACCAUCCGCGGCAGGAAGUACUACAUCGACCACAACACCAACACUACACACUGGAGCCACCCUCUGGAGCGGGAGGGGCUGCCCCCGGGCUGGGAGAAGGUGGAGUCGGCCGAGUUCGGGGUCUACUACGUGGACCACAUCAACGAAAGAGCACAGUAUCGACAUCCAUGUGCCCCGAGUGUGCCUCGUUACGAUCAGCCCCCACCGCCUCCCGUGACCUAUCAGCCACGUCCAGCAGAAAGGAACCAGCCGGUGCUGGUGCCAGCUAACCCGUACCACACGGCCGAGAUCCCGGACUGGCUGCAGGUGUACGCCCGGGCACCCCUCAAGUACGACCACAUCCUGAAGUGGGAGCUGUUCCAGCUGGCCGACCUGGACACAUAUCAGGGCAUGCUGAAGCUGCUGUUCAUGAAGGAGCUGGAGCACAUCGUCAAAUCCUACGAGGUGUACCGACAGGCGCUGCUGUCAGAGCUGGAGACCCGCAAGCAGCGGCAGCAGUGGUACAACCAGCAGCCCAACAAGAACUUCACUGGGAACAUGUGAUGGGUUCUGCACAACAGGAACGCCUCUCCACCAUGCCUCGCUGAGGUGGCAGCAGUUUGGGAGCGGCCCGUGUCGCCUUUGAUAUUAAGAUUGACUCGUAAUUGCUUCCUUACCAAAUACAUCCGUGCCUUUGCUUGAUCCAAAUAAAUCAGCCAAUAAUUUAAAACCCUCCCUGACAGAGAGGAGGAGGAUCUACAGUGAUGGUUACUUUAUGGAUGACUGAAAGAAACACUAGAAUGAAGACACUGCGUUUGUGGAGGCUGCUUGCGGUGGCGUUUAAAACCACCAAAAAAAAGACAUGAAUGAUGGUGCAGUUCUAUUUUUGUUUGUUUUUUUAGGACUGAGAAGCACCAAGUCUGAAAGUCUGAAUAUUUGUUGAAACAUCCAGAGACUGUGCCUUUAAUAAAGAAAACUGAAGCAGUGCUACAAAUUCUGCUCAUAUCAAGCGUACACCAUCUAAUCCGGCUAUUUUUUUUUCCUGCAGGGCACAAUGACCGGCAGCUUCAUUUAUUUAAACGCUAUUUUUGUUUUCAAUUGCUUUGUAACCCUCAUAAACUAAAAUAAUACUCAUAAGUAAAUAAACACACGUGUUGCAAUUGUUUUGCAACAUUUUGUACACUAAAGACAAUCCAAAGGUUUAUGUGAUUUUGAAAUGUUGUGAAACAUCUCUCAGCUCACCUGGCUUUACUGCAAAUCAGGAAUUUUCCUCUUUUUCUGUUUGAUGAAGCAAAAUAAGCUUUUUAAACCAUAUAAAGUUUGCCAAAUGAGAGCAUUUAACCUAAA